AUGUCUUUCACUCUCUCCCCAACCUCGAUCUCGAACUUCUCACCGACCCCUUCCACACCUUCAAGGUUCCCAUCUCCCGCUCCUGCGCCUUCACCUUCGAGCCCCAGCAGCCAGAAUGGACUGCUCAUACCGACUGAUCGACCUCUCGAGGAGCUAGAAACUAAAUGGCUGAGGAAAUUGGGCAAUCUCAAGGUGGAGAAGGAAGUUAGGUUGCAGGGGUAUGCAUUAUAUUCUUUGAGAAGCUGGUUCUUGUCACGCACUCACUUCUCGCAUACGAUUGUCACUCAGACUGGUAAACCGACAGAGCAGAUAUCAGCAUACCUUCUUGUCCCCGCACCUACUUUAUCGCAGCAGGAAGGUGCAUUUGAAAUCAUCAAUGCGAUUAGAUUCUUAGCGGCGGAAACGCAGUCGACUGCUCGGAGAACCGAAUAUGGCACUUUACUUGUCACUACACCAGCAGCAUUUGGACAAGAAGUUAAUCCUGUUCCCGGUGGUGACUUCCGAGUUGCAAAGCCAUAUAUCACUGUCAAUACCGGUUUGAGAAGAUUAGGAUGUGGUGGAAGAGCUGUAAUAGGGAUGGAAAGUCCAAUUCCCGCACUUCGAAGGAAAUUCCACGAAUUAUAUAGAAUACCUCAACCUGCUCAUUCGACCGUCCCCUUAUCGCGAAAUACCUCACCAACCACAUCUCCCACCAACAAACAAGCUCUUUCGACAUCCCCCUUAUCAGAAUCUCACUCCCAAAAUCACGAUAUUACCUCGGACCCAUUCACCUUCCUUGUCAUCGAGCUGGUAAAGCUGAUCCAAGCGUCACUCGCUUUGUGGGGACUUUACGGCCAUGUGAGGGGGGAUUUGGAGAUUGACGGGUUGUUCUGCGAUGAGACUAAAGCUGGAAUAUUCAGAUGGAGGAGGAUUAUGGGUAUGGAACAUGAAGAGUCUUUGAAGCUUGAGAAAGAGACAUCUGGAGGUUGUAUCGAUCCCAAGACUCUAGCUGCGCUUCUCAGCUCAGUAACGAGCGUGCACUAUGAGCUCGAUGCAUUGGAUGUGGAGAAGCUUCCUAAAGACCCCUUCACCAGUAUCAAACGCUUUUUGAAUACAUGGGCAGCAUACCAGACGUGCACCGCGACAUCACUUGACAUGCCUCACUACCUGACUAUCCACUCGAUCCGAUCUCUGGCCCAGCAUUAUCUUGCUGAUCGUACAAGACAUCCUGGAGAUGCGUUGAAAGUGCAUAAACUCCUCUUUAAUGGUGUAGCUCAGGCCACAAGCUCGAUUUCUGCGAAUCUCAAAGGCGGGACGACCGAAGAUACGCCUAUCCGCAAACGAGAGCACCAUCUACGAUUCAAGGGAGAUGAUGAAAACGAUGGUGAAGGAGUGGGACUGAUCAUCCCGGAGGGGGAUGUCGGACCGGUCGCACCUCCCGAUGUGAUCACUACCGAUCUGGAAGCGUAUAUCAAAGGGAUAUUGAGAUCGAGGGAAAAAGAUUGGGAUAUAAUGGGAGCGAGACGUGUAGCUGAAUUGUGGAACGGGACCGUCGCUGAGGGUUUAGAGAAUGACAAGCCGAAGAGAAAAGGUAGAAUGGGAAGUAUGAAUAGCUCGACUGGAAGCUUGCGAGAUCCUAACAGAGGAGUAUUAAAGAAACGAACUCAAUCAAGAGAUUUCCAUCCAUAUGGUAAUAAUGGUGGGAUCAAAGAAGACGAUGAAGGUGAUAAUAUCAAAGAUGCAAUCAAAGAGAUCUCAGGGAGAGCUGGUCAGGCGAUUAAAGGUGGUUUUGGAUUGGUAUCCCGAAGAGGAACGACUUAUGAUACUUCGGAUUCUGAGACUGGUGGUCCUGGACCAACUACGCUCAAGUCGGCGAUUAUGAGGAAAAGGCAGAGUACGGUGCCCCUCUUGAUUGAACCGGAUCUGGAAGAGGUUGACGAGCAGCUGGAUAGGGGUCAAUCAGCUUCACCAAGCCCGUCGACUUCCACCAGACCAUUAGACCGAUCGUGGAAUACAUCCUCACGACCGUCCUUUCUAACGGCCAAUUCUAGAGCUCAGUCGAAGCGGCCAUCGAUCAUCACCCAAGUCUCAGGGAACGAGAGUGAUAUAUGGUCCAGGACAUCUCUAGCGGCAGGACUCAGUCCAACAGAUGAAAGGUCAGAUAUGGAAUUUUCCAAUCGGAAUUCUCCCGUUGGAGGUCAUUCGCGUACACCCUCUGGACAACUUGCAUCAUACGGUAACACUAGACCUGCAAUAGUCAGGACCCCAUCUGAUAGAGCUUUAGCGUGGAGAAACAGGGGUCGAGCUACAGCGAUGUUGAGGACCGCGAGCGAUGGUGCGGAUGUAUGUAUUGAGGAAACGGGAAUGGAAUGGGAGGUCAUGAAUCCACAUGGAACUGGCAAGAGGGGCGGUGAAGACUUGGGCGAGAAAGUAUUGGAAUUGACUAGGAGACAUUCACUGGAACAGGUGGACUUCUACAAGGAUAUGAGGAGGGUCGAACCUGAGCACCUACAGAUAGACGUGGAGAUGUGCGCUGUCGUACUUGACUUGCGCGAGAGGGAAAGACAAUUGGCCCAAAGGGCAAAAGACGUUAAAUUAUUGGAAGAAAGUGUUUUUCGAACGUUAUCGCAAUUCGUCACCGCACUCAAAUCCCGACGAUCCUAUGUCGAUCAACUUUCUUCAACGUCCAGUGCGAUCAGGACGCAGAUUGAGGCGUUGGAUGUGGACGAUGAGCACGAUCACGAGAAUUCUCCUAGGGAUAGGUUCCAUUAUUACCUGAGUGAAGAGACGCAUCGACCGGAGUUACUAGAUGAUUUGAGUAGGUUGAAAGAGAUGUGGGAGGGGAUAAGGAAAGAGCAGGAAGAGAAAAGGAAGAUUGCAGAGAGUGAUGAUCUGUCGGGAAGACUUGGAGUGGGAAGGAAAGGUAAGGGAAGAUGGUGGAGUUGGUUUUGA